AUGGUUGCAAGUGAGAAGAAAGAAGUGGUUGUGGAGAAGGAGAAGAGCGAGGACAUAAUCACUGCCGAGUUCGUAAGGCGGAUAUCGAAGUCGACAGGAAAGAUUUCGGUGAAGGGCGUGUUCAACCCUGGGAAUAUUCACAAACGAAUAGAAAAGAAGACCAGGAAGAAACUUAUGCUGAUAUCACCCAAGCCAAGGAGGAGGAUGAGCCAAUGUUUACACUCAUCCCAGGAGGCCGUGAAAAGGACAGUCAUAAACGUUCACAUUCACUGUAAGAACUGUGAAUACGACCUUCAGAUGAAAUUGCUAAAACUCAAAGGCCCAAGCCGGCCCUGCCACUGCACACAUAAACUUGAGUGGUUUAGUGCUGAAAACCCAAAUGCUUGUUAUGUGAUCUAG